CCUGUCUCCAGCAGCAAGCCCACGUCUUACCUAAGCAAUAUCAUUGUAGGGGACCACUACGCUUCAUUCUCAUUGGUUGCAAGAUUCUCUCACAGUGACCCUCAUCACUCACACACACACACAAUCUCAUCCUCUCAGUGGGCGCCUUCAAGUUUUGCGAUGAUGAAACCUCCGAUCCCCCUCCGCCACCCCUCCCUCUUUUCGCAAGCUUGUGCCCUAGCACGCAGAAACAAUGCGCGCCGCAGCCAGGCCCUAACGCCGCGACUUGUCCGGUUCCAGGUCACGACACCAGCAAACUGCUACACAACCAGCUCCUUCUCCUUGCGCACACCCUGCUGCACAUCAUCUGCAUCAGCCUCCACAAUCACUGAUACAUUUUCCCGCUCCCGCUCCCGGCCAAUCAUCCGGACUCUGUCUCCGACCAUGACCGCCGCUCAGACCCGGAUGGCCUGCGGGUGUGCCUGCAGCGGCGGCGGCGGCGGCGGAUGCGGCAGUAACGGCGCCGACCGUUUCAAGGGCCCGACGACCGCCUACGUCGCACUCGGCAGCAACCUUGGCGACCGAGUAGGUUGGAUUGAGCAGGCUUGCGCCGAGAUGGACCGUCGCGGCAUCAAGGUGAAGCGCACAAGUAGCCUCUGGGAGACGGAGCCAAUGUAUGUUCUAGACCAGGAUAGAUUUGUCAAUGGAGCAUGCGAGGUUGAGACUGAACUUGAGCCCCUUGCUCUCCUCGACCAGCUGCAGGAUAUUGAGCGCACAUUGGGCCGUCAAAAGUUCAUUGACAAGGGUCCUCGGAAUAUCGAUCUGGAUAUUCUCAUGUAUGGAGACCAAAACAUUGAGCAUCCCCGUCUCACGGUCCCUCAUAUUGGCAUCCCUGAGCGGGAGUUCGUCUUGCGCCCCCUUGCAGAACUCAUCCCCAACAAGCCCAUCUACGCAUCCAAGCCUUGGAAACUCACAUUUGAUUACCUCAAUGAACUGCCUCCGGCGGCAGCACCUCUCUCCCCAAUGACUCCUAUCUCUGCCGGUCACCGACCACUCGUAUCACUCACCCCUACUCGCAAAACGCACGUCAUGGCCAUCAUCAAUGUCACCCCCGACUCUUUCUCCGAUGGUGGCAUCCACACUCCCGAGAACCUCGUCUCCACAUUGCAAUCCUUCGCUAAAGCCGGUGCAACAAUGAUCGAUGUCGGCGGCGCCUCCACCGCUCCGGGCCGCCCUGAGGUCCCCGCCGAGGAAGAGCUCGCUCGUGUGCUGCCUGUCAUCAAGCUCGUCCGCAGCCUUCCCGAGCUCUCCCACCUGGCCCUCAGCGUCGACACCUAUCGUGCUUCAGUCGCCGAGGCCGCAGUCGCCGCAGGUGCUGACAUCAUCAACGACGUCUCUGCGGGGCAGCUUGACCCGGAGAUGCUCAGCUAUAUGGCCCGCAGCAAUCGCACCGUGUGCCUCAUGCACAUGCGCGGCACCCCCAAGACUAUGAACUCCCUGACAGACUACCCUGAAGGCCUGAUUCCCACCAUUGCCCGCGAACUUCUCGACCGCGUCGCUGAGGCCGAGGCAGCGGGAGUGCGCCGUUGGCGCAUCAUUCUCGACCCUGGUCUGGGCUUCGCCAAGACGGGUGCUCAAAACCUUGAGAUCCUGCGUCACAUGGAUGAGCUCCGCUCCUGGCCCGGCCUCGAGGGUCUCCCGUGGCUGCUUGGUUCUAGUCGCAAGAGCUUCGUCGGCAAGAUUACCGGCGUACCUAAGCCGCAAGAGCGCAUUUGGGGCACGGCGGCUACCGUCGUUUCAGCCGUCCAGGGCGGCGCGGACAUUGUGAGGGUUCAUGACGCUGUUGAAAUGUGUCAGGUGGUUAAGAUGGCGGAUGCUAUUUACAGACAGUAA